CGGAAUGACGUCACCCCCUUUUCCUCGGAGCUCUGUCUCUGCCUGCUUCGGCUCCUCCGCGCUCGCGCUGCCGCUGGAGUUAUCUCGGAGCCGGGGCUCGGUCUGUCCGUCAUCAGUCGCGGGUGGGAGCGACUGUGGUUCCUCGUGACCUUUUUUCUCCCUCGUCACCGCUGUUGUUACACGAGUGGGAGAGAGUUUGACCCACGUUUUGGAUGCAUGGGAGCUUCCUGGGAGCGGCGAAAGGAGAAGACUGUGCUGCUGGACCCGACUGCUCAGCGCCAUGAGUGAGGCGGAGGGCCAGUUCUACAGCGUCCAGGUGGGGGACUCCACCUUCACUGUGCUCAAGCGCUACCAGCAGCUCCGCGCCAUUGGCUCCGGGGCCCAAGGCAUCGUCUGCUCGGCUCUGGACACGGUCCUCGGCAUACCAGUGGCUGUGAAGAAGCUGUGUCGUCCCUUUCAGAACCAGACCCAUGCAAAGCGCGCUUACAGGGAGCUGGUGCUGCUCAAAUGUGUCAACCACAAAAACAUCAUCCGUCUGAUCAAUGUUUUCACGCCUCAGAAGUCUCUGGAGGAGUUCCAGGAUCUUUACCUGGUGAUGGAGCUCAUGGAUGCCAGCUUAUGUCAGGUGAUUCACAUGGACCUAGACCAUGAGAGGAUGUCCUACCUGCUCUAUCAGAUCCUUUGUGGCAUCAGGCACCUGCACUCGGCUGGGAUCAUCCACAGGGAUCUGAAGCCCAGCAACAUUGUUGUGAAGUCCGAUUGCACUCUGAAAAUCCUCGACUUUGGUCUGGCAAGGACGGCCUGCACUAACUUCAUGAUGACCCCCUACGUUGUUACCCGCUACUAUCGCGCCCCGGAGGUCAUUCUGGGCAUGAAGUAUAAGGAAAAUGUGGACCUGUGGUCAGUUGGCUGCAUAAUGGCUGAAAUGAUCUGCCAUAAAGUCCUCUUUCCUGGAAAGGACUACAUCGACCAGUGGAAUAAAGUGAUUGAGAUCCUGGGCACGCCCAGUCUGGAGUUCAUGAACCGACUGAUGGAGACCGUCAGGAACUAUGUGAUGAACAAGCCACAGUAUCCAGGCGUCAGCUUGACAGAGCUUUUCCCAGACUGGGCUUUCCCCUCUGAAUCUGAACAGGACAAAGUGAAAACUGCUCAAGCACGGGACCUGCUCUCCAAAAUGCUCGUCAUUGAUCCUGAAUGCCGUAUCUCUGUAGAGGAGGCCCUUCAUCACCCCUACAUCCACGUGUGGUAUGACCCCGCGGAGGCGGACGCGCCUCCUCCCCAGAUUUCAGAUAAGCAGCUGGAAGAGAGAGAGCACACCAUUGAGCAGUGGAAAGAACUUAUUUAUGAAGAAGUGAUAGACUGGGAGGAGAGGAACAAGAACGGUCUAAUGAAAGAGGACUGCUCAGACGUGGCCUCCGGCUCCGCUUCCCAGUCCUCCUCCGCCAACGACAUCUCCUCCAUGUCCACAGAGCACACGCUGGCGUCGGACACGGACAGCAGCAGCAUUGACACGCUGACGGGGCCGCUGGACGAGAGUCAGUGAACGCCUCUGGGGCCGUCGGCUCCCUGCGGUCCUCCGACUCAUCUAAAAUAUUCAAACAAUCGAUCUGCUUCUGUUUGGGUUUUUAUCUCCGCUAACUUGUGUUUCUCUUUUCUCUCAAUGAAAGGAUUUUAUUUUUUUUGUUGUUGUUGGUUUGCUGUCUGUGAUCUGGUGGAUCUUGUUUUUGGGACUGUUGAGUUGGUAACGCUCACCGUUUUGUCAGAAAAAGAACAUCCGGUCUUCUUUUGCUUGAAUGUGUAACUUGAUCAUCUUUACAGUUUGUGUUGGAGGUGGGGGAAUCGGGGGGGGGGGGGGGCUGCUGUGUAUGCCUGUUUUAAUAGUUUUUAUUUUUUUAGAGAACAUUAAGAAGUCUGACAUCAAAAAAGAGCAGACACGGACUAAACAGCCCUUAGCCGCUCUCUUGCAUGUUACGCCAAAAAGAACAAAAGCUUGUAAACCAUCUGACGUUCCUCCGAUGGUCAAACGGCUGAUCUUUUUAAAUUUUAAUCCCUUAGCACCCUGAAAUUAUUGCAGAUGUCCACGGUGGUGCUGUCUGCGCUGAAACGUGUUUUUGUUUUUCAUAAACUAGCAGGCGUGAUGUGGAUUUUGAGCUUUUUACUCCCAACAGCGAGAAGAUGCUGUAGUUUUAGUGUUGGAUUUGUUUCUUGGUAUAUUGUACUGUAUGUAGAAAUGGAAUCACCCCAUUCAAUUUAAAGGUACAGAUUGUUGAUGUGUAUAAGCAGAUCAUAAUCUUAUAAAUCUGAAAGAGGCAUAGUGAUUUGUGUAUUUAUAUAUAUAUAUAUAUUUUUUGUUCUUGCAAAAUUUUGCACACAAGCCACACUAUAGCCUGUGAAAUGUCGGCCUCCCGUUAAAAGCAUUUAAACGGCAAACAAACGCAUGGGCUGCUCUUUUUUCUAAAGCAUUCCUUUAGUAACCGUGAGAGUCACAAAAGUAGUGCUACAAUCAGAAAACGUAGAAUCCACCUAAAGGCAGCACAACAACGAAGAAUGAUGUUUACUUUGCAUGAAGGCAUCACACCUUCAGGGUACUGUAGGUCUAAGAGAAAUCCAUCCAGAUCUGUUGUUUUUUUUCUCUUCCUUUUCCCCCUGUAUUAUGAUGCUUUUUGUUGUUGUUUUUUUUGUCUUUUAAGCCUGUUAGUGUUACGUGACAAUUCUGCAGCGCAGCACUUUUGGUUUCUUAUGAAUCAUCCUUUCAGUCAGCAGUUGCCCCAUCCUGUAGAGAGAGGGAGUCUGUGGGUGAAGUUUGCCCAGCAACAAGGGGGCUGCUUAGAGACUGUGGAGACCUGCAACUCAAAAGAAGAGCCUUUUACAUGGACUGCAGUGCUGCUUUUUGCCCAAAUGAUUGCACAGUGUGUUGAAUAAUCAGAAUUCUGACAUUACUCAGUCACCGAGGACUAAAGUACCAAGUUGUACACCACCGUGAGUUUUAUUCUUUCUGUCAUGCCUUAAACAACCUGACGAGUGGCCAACUCUCUCCAAGUCCGUGGCUCUGCUCUGAGCUUUCUGAGAUGUAUUGACUGCAAAAACCACAAUGUUAUCACUUGGCCAUCGUCUUUACCCAAACUCAAAACUAAUAAAGUGGACAUCAUGGAU